AUGACUCAGGAGGCGCCGCCAACCAAGGCCCGCUCCGUCACCGGCGACGAUCUCUACCGCCGGCUGAGCCAGUACCGGUUAUGGUCGUAUACUCCCGAGCUGUUAGCUGAACGCAAACGCCACACCCACGAGCGGGGGGUCCGCAAAGUCAACGAUAAGUUUGACGAGGCCCACAAACGGCUAUGCGAGCAACACCCCCAGGCGUUCGCCGACCACGGGCCCCAGCUCUCUCGCGACGCUUUGGUGGAGUAUUUUACCCUCCAGGAAGAGACGAGCUAUCUUACUUAUUACUGUAUGAUGAUAUUACGGUUGCUGGACUCGCUUAAGAUGCCGUCUCAGGUGAAGGCGACGGCGGUGCUGUUCUUCCGCAAAUUCUAUUUGGAGAACCUGGUGAUGGAGUUCCACCCCAGAAACGUGUUGUUUACGUGUGUGUUUUUGGCGGCGAAGCUGGAGAACUGCUUUAUGAAGCUCGAGGCCUUUGUCAACGCUGCGCGCAAAUCCAACUCCAAAUUGACGGAAAAGGACAUUUCUGACCUUGAAUUCACCGUGUUGCUGCUGCUAAAGUUUACUUUGUUGGUACACCACCCGUUCCGCCCGCUUUACGGGUUUUUCCUCGACUUUCAACAGGUAUUGAUCCAGGCGGCCAACCCCCCCGUACUCACCGUUGACCGGCUCGGGGCGCUUUAUGAUCGAGCGAAAAGAUGGCUCAGUGACCAGGCAUUGCUUACCGACGUCCAGUUUUUGUUUACACCGCCGCAAAUCGCAUUGGCGGCACUUUAUUCGGUGGAUCCAGCCAUGGUUGAGACCUAUAUCAAUAAGAAAUUUCCAACACCGACUGAAACUAAAGUUGAAGCUACCCCUGAAACUAAAGCUGAAACUAAAGCUGAAACGAAUGGUGAAACGAAUGGUGAAACCGAAGAGGCUGAGGAACCAGCACCGCCGACACCACAACAGUUACUCGAAGUGGUUAAACAGUGUGCUCAGUUAGGGCUGGCAGUGCCUGAAGAAGAUAAGGAGGCGAUCCGGGAGAUCGACAAGAAGGGGUUCUUCUGUCUCCACCCGACUCGACUCAUUGAAAAACGGUUGAAAAAGCUUAAUCCGACGCCGCCACCGCCACCUCAAUAA